AUGGACGGCGACGAGCCAACGCAAGCGACGCAAAAUGUCCUUGACCCGCGCCGUGUCGGCAAGCAAAAUUCGGGCUUCUCAGACGACGACAUCUCCGAUAUAAUAUGCGUCCUCUAUCCACAUUCAGAAUCGGCCCGCAUCGAACUUGAACGUCUGGUGGACGAAAACUCCCCUCAUAUCAUUGGAAAAAACGAAGCGGACGGUGUCGAGCCUGAUUAUGCCCUCGAAGACCAGGCUGGCCGAUUCCUCGCCAACCCAGAAGGCAACGGCAGUCAUGCUAUUAUCCUCCGACUGUCGUCACAACUCAAGAACCCGACUGCUGGCUUCGUCUUUGGUCGCAACCCCAUGCGAUGCGAUGUUGUAUUUGUAAACGAUCCUUUGAAACGAGUCAGCAACAUCCAUUUUCGAAUAUACGUCAACGAGUAUGGCACUGUCAUGAUUGAGGAUCAGUCAACAAAUGGCACUAUAGUUGAUGGCAAUCACUUGACUUCCAAUCCUACAGCUAAAGGAAGGUCUGACCCGCCCACUCUGAGAUGGGUUCUCAGUUCUGGCUCGAUCAUCCGGGUAUACCUCCACCAAGAAGCUAGAGACUUGACUUUCAGGGUCCGAAUACCACGGCGUGAUAAUGAGUACGAUCAAGCAUAUACCGACAAAGUAGAAGCCUUCUUUACUCGUCACGGAAUGAAGCGCACGAAUGAUACCAUUACCCCUGGACCCGGUGGACAUGUUGAUCUCUUCAAACUUCCGGCCCAGAAUCAAUUUAAGAGAGAAGAGACGGACGAAGUCACCCCACCCCCUUCUCAUAAAUCAAACAAGAGACGAGAGGGCAACCGUGAAUGGACAGGAUCUGGUAAGUACAAUCGAAUCGGGUCCAUCGGAAAGGGUGCGUUCGCAGUCGUCCACAGAGUCACUUCUAAAUAUGACGGACUGCCCUAUGCUGCCAAGGAAAUCGAGAAGCGUCGUUUUAUAAAGAACGGCGUGCUUGACCAAAAAGUCGAGAAUGAGAUGAAAAUCAUGCAGAAGGUUCAACAUCCUCAUAUCGUUCGCUAUAUGGAGCAUUUCGAAUGGGAUGACCGAUUGCUUAUCAUUAUCAUGGAGUUCGUCCCUGGUGGCGACUUGGGUAAACUCAUCUCAGACCACAAAGCCAUCAGAGAAGACGUUGUCCGGACCAUGUCAGGGCAGCUCCUAAGUGCCUUGGGAUACCUCCACGCCAACAAUAUUACUCAUCGCGAUGUCAAGCCAGACAACAUCCUCAUCAACUCUCUCAAUCCUAUCGACCUCAAACUUACCGACUUUGGUCUGUCAAAAAUGGUGGACAGUGAACAGACUUUCUUGCGAACAUUCUGUGGUACUUUACUGUACUGUGCCCCUGAGGUGUACACAGAGUAUGCCGAGUAUGAUGACAAUGGAGUACGUAGCCGGGGUAAGAAGAUGCGACGUCCUCCCGGUCAGAGGUACAACCACGCUGUUGACAUCUGGUCUUUGGGCGGCGUGCUGUUCUAUGCUCUGACCGCAUCGCCCCCUUAUCCAGUCAAGAGCGGCAUCAGCUACUCUGAGCUGUUACACAAGAUCAUGACCACCCGAUUGAACAUCUCUCCUUUGCAAAGAAACGAAGUGUCAGACCAAGCUAUCGACUUUCUCUGUAGAAUGCUCGAGAGACGUCCGGAAAAUCGAGCGACAGUGGAAGAACUCGAAAGUCACCCUUGGUAUACCGGCCAGGAGUCAGUGAUCAACGCAUCUCAAUCUUUCGACGAGAUCUCGGACGACGAUAUGUUCGAUAACUUUUCUCAGCUACAGGCCCGGCACUACGAGGAAGACAGAGUUAGCGACUCCAUGGGUGAAGAAUCUGAGAAGGAAACUACGGCAGUGCUGCCAGAAACAAACAGGCCCAAGCUUUUCGGGGAAGUUGGUGCCUCCGCUAUUGGCAGUUCUGGUGUAAUCCCAGACGAGUACCUCAACAUUGAAGAGAGCAACGCUAGCACAGGUGAAACUGAGGUUCCGAAUCAGGAUGAAGAUGAGGCUUACCAGUCAGACGAAGAUGCUACACCCCGGAGUAGGAAUCGCCGAACAUACCGUCAGAAUAAUGCUUCUAUGGAUCAAAAGCAGUCGGAGGAUCAACUUCAAAGCCUCGUCGAGAAUGUGGCAUCGCAAAGUCUGGGUGGCGAUGAACCCAGUGUGCAAUGUCUUGGAGCUUCCCAAUUCUCGUUGCAAUCUUCAGAAUUCAACACCAGCAAACGCAAGCCCCCUUCUUACGACACUAGUGAUGAGAUCGAGGAGAGCACGCCGCGCGGAAAACCUACAAUGAAAAGAUUAAAGUCUGACAGUAACGCUGAAGACCUGGCAGAUGAGGUCGUUGAAGAGUAUCAACUAUUGGUUCAGGUCCCUCCCGCUGGGAGGCCGUCAGGACGCCAAAUUGACCAACCUUACAACAAGACGUGCUUCUGGGAGCAAGACAAGAAGACAUGGCACUUCAACUACCCGGAGUUGACCCAUCUUCAACACAAGGCUUUUCAGCAGGCAGCAAAAACCCGGGACGAGAAGUUUGCACCGGGCAGGAGUCCGUUAUGGGAUCUUGCAAUGAAGUAUUUCUCUCCAGUGUCAAAGGCUGGAACGCAAAUUAGUGAGACGAGACGGAGCUCCCGAACACCUCAGGGCACGACAGACGGCGCCAUUGAGUACCCCCCUACCGCCGCUCCUCCAGAGGACUCACAAAUUCCUGACACAAUGCCUACCACGUACACGCAGAUCAUCGUCCCUGUUCAAGAGCCAGACCCUAAUAGGAGGCUCGUUGGCGUCGUUGACUCUCACCCCGAUUCAUGUGUUUCUGGCAUUAGUAUCCCUAUCACCGACACUUUGGUCUCCUUUGGUCGUGGUCCAGCGAAUACUGAGCAGUUUACCGACAUUUACGAGUCUCGAGUACCUAAAUAUGCUUUCAAGCUAUUACUAUGGAAAGAUGACGACAGCUUUGAUCCUUCAAGAGACCCGUCGAAAGUGUCUCCUCCUUGGCUUCGGGAUUCAGGGGACCCAAACGAGUAUAGUUUCUAUAUCUCGACAAAGGCUUCCGUCGGUAUCAACAUCAAUGGCUAUCAGCUUCCCUCAUCAGAUCCCAAAAACCACAGCGGCCCUUCACAUCAUUGGACUCGUGUCCACACUGGUGAUGUUUUAACGAUCUGGGGGUCCGGGGAUAGAAAUGGCAAGCAAACACAGCUUAACUUUCAAUGUUUCUGGGGUGCUUCUUCUCAGACGCGUGGCGAGAAAAAGGCCUUGGAACUCGCACCUAGACCACUGGCGCAGAAGCUAGAUGCCGCUUGCCAAAAGGCAGAGAAACGAAUCAAGGAUGCCAUAGAGAAGAAGAAGCGAGAAGAAGCAAUCAGUGCUGAUUUACAAGAACGCGCGGAGAACAUCGACAGAGAACGAGCACGGAGUCAAGCUUUCGAGAUGAAACGACAAGAAGCUCUCUCAUAUUUUAGCUCGAAGCAGAUCCCUUUGUCACGUAUGGCUUCAACCACAAGCGCGCCCCUAACGAGCCAUUUCCUUGGAGUACCAUUGCCUCGCAUAAGCCCCGGCCAGGAAAACAGUUUUCAAAUUCAGUAA